ACGAGUAGAGGGUACUGGAUCGCCUUGAAUAGAGCGCAGCGGUGAUUUCCAGAGACCGCCAGAGAUCAGUGCGUCGUCGCAGUCGAGGGGUGAAAAAGGGAUUAUGUAUCGUUGGGUUAGUUUGUUCUUCGAACCUGCCAAUUCGUAUUUCGUGUUUCGUUGCGCGUGAGACUUGUGCGAUCCUCGAGCGAGGCUCAUCGUAAUGGCCGCGACCUGACUCGGGUGGUGUGCAUGCGAGCUACCGUGUUCGCGUUACGUGAAGUAAACGAGCAGAAGAGGAGAUAGAGUAAAAAAAAUACAAGGAACGAGAAAAUACGACGGAGUUUAGGGUUACGCGAUUUCUGUGUAUAUCGUGAGUGCAUGUGGGUGGGCGAGGUGGGUUGAGGUCGCAAAAAGUCUGGAGGACGGCAAAUCAUGAGCGAGGAUAGGAACGAAGAGGAUCCCCUAAUGGAUCUCUGGUACAGCAAUUGGGAACAACAGUGCGUUGAGGCGCUGGAAACAGAACCGGAUUACGAAACGCAACUGCAUAACGAAAAGGAACUCUAUUCCCAGCAGAUGUGGACGAGUUUUCAGACGACAGCGUCGGCCAUCGCCCAGCUGUACAAAGAUCGUACGCAGGGUGUCUCUCUAUGGCUACCCUUUCAGACUGCCGCAGGCACCGUCACGUCGUUGUACAAAGAUUCAAUGGAUAGCAUACGUCGCUGCAGUGAAUUAGGUGUAGAAAUGGGACGACAAAAACGUUGUAAAGAAAUAAUGAAUUGGGCUAGGAAAAAGAGACGUAUGAUUCGUAGAGAAGACCUGUUAGCAUAUCUUGCUGGAAAACCACCUCCACCUCGAUCACAUUCGCACAGAAGUUCACCUAAGCCAAGAAUGAUGGUAUGUAGUUCGCCUUCAUCAGGAAGUUCAGCACCAAAUAUGGUCGUUGCACCAACACCGCUACCUGGUAAUGAUCCUGAUCCUGAAUUACAUACAUUUAGAGAAGCAAUUGCAUUAUCUGGUUCACCAAUAUCUCGGCGCACUGGGAGACAAACCGAAUUGUCAGCCUUUAUUAGUAGCGAAUUCGCUCGACAUCAUAAACGGCCUGCUUCGCACGAUGUGGAUAUGGGAUCUCCCACGCACAAACGCUCGCGUUUCAUGUAACGGCGCGCGAUGUAUAAAGUAGCCUCGCUCCCUUGUUCCCCAUUAAUUAAUCAAUUGAUAAAUUAAUUAUUAACGGUUCAACUCCCCUACAUAGUUCUCGGUUAAACAUAAUCACUUCAAGAAGAUGGCAGUGACUUGCAUUGCCAUAUGAAACACGUUCGUAUAUCUCGACUGUUAUAAUAUUUAUCAAGUUACAUUAUUAUUUUUUAUUAAUAUCAACUUUAAAGUUUUGGUCCUAUUAUUAAUGAUUGGAGCAGUUAAUUUAGCUUUAAAUAAUUAAUUUAAUUGUGAGGAGCAAUUAAGGUAUCGAAA